AUGGUUCUUCAUCAGUACGAUUACAUCUUUGCCAUUGGCACAAUAUUCGCCUUCCUCGAUGCCUGGAAUAUCGGCGCCAAUGAUUGCGCCAACUCCUGGUCGACGUCUGUUUCGUCGCGUUCGCUAAAGCACUGGCAAGCUAUGAUCCUCGCCACUAUCAUGGAGUUUGCUGGAGCUGUUGGUGUAGGAAACAGUGUUUCUGAUACUAUCCGUACCAAGAUUAUCAAGAUCGAUGCCUUCAAGGAUAACGCCCCUCUCCUCAUGCUUGGCAUGUGCUGCGCUGUGGUUGCCUCCUCUCUCUAUCUUACCUUCUGUACCAAGAUCGGCCUUCCCGUUUCGACAACCCACUCCAUUCUCGGCGGUAUCCUUGGAAUGGGUAUCGCGCUUAUCGGUGCUGAUGAUGUUAUCUGGUGGGGAGGUGAUAUUAACUCUGGUGUCGUCCAGGUGUUCCUUGCCUGGGUUAUUGCACCUCUCAUGUCUGGUGUUGCUGGUGCGCUCAUUUUCUUGAUCACCAAGUAUGGUAUCCUGCUGCGGAGCAACCCCGCCCUCAGGGCGCUGUACACCAUUCCAUUCUAUUUCCUCGUGACUAGCUCCCUGCUUACCAUGCUUAUUGUCUGGAAGGGUGGCAGCAGCAGAAUUGACCUCAAUGGGGGUGAGAUCGCUGGAACUGUUGUUGGUGUUGGUGCUGGCAUGGCUCUUAUCUCUGGCUUCUUCCUUUGCCCCUGGAUCUACCGCAGAGUCAUCAAGGGUGACUGGCAACUCAAGCCUUGGGAUCUGCUCUACGGCCCUCUUGUUCUCCGCCGUGGUGAAGUCCCUCCCCGUCCUGCGCAUGUCAAGAGCGUCCGUGACUACUAUCACGGCCACAAGACCCUCGAGGAACUGCAAGUUGAGCGUUCCACUGAUGUCGAACAAAGAAGUAGCAACAGCACUAGUGAGCCCGAUUCCCCCGACCUCAAGGGAGAGUCCAAGGUCACUACCAACCCGCACACCGAGACUGAAUCCAGGGAUCCUGAUGUCAUCAAUAUUUGUGGUCCUCGUCCCGAGGGAUCCUGGUACUCUGGCCGCGUCCUGUUCUGGAUGGCGAAGAAGGCCCUCCUCAACGGUAUCGAGCAAGACGUUGUUAGCGCCCAGAAGGGUGACAGCAAACUUGCUGGCGAUCUCGAGAAGACCCAUGCCCAUGCUGAACACUAUGACAACGAAGCCGAGUACAUGUUCUCUUUCCUCCAGGUUCUGACAGCCUGCACUGCGUCUUUCACCCAUGGUGCGAACGAUGUUGCCAACGCUGUUGGUCCCUACGCAACCAUCUACGCUAUCUGGAAAUCUGGUGCCCUUGAGGGCGCUAAGACCGAGGUCCCCAUGUGGAUUCUUGUCUUUGGUGGUGUUGGUAUCUCCAUCGGUAUCUGGACAUACGGUUAUCACAUCAUGAGCAACCUGGGUAACCGUCUUACCUUGCACUCUCCCUCUCGUGGAUUCGCUAUGGAACUCGGUGCCGCCAUUGCUGUCAUUAUUGCCACCAGACUUAAGCUCCCCGUCUCCACUACCCAGUGUAUCACCGGUGCUACCGUCGGUGUUGGACUUUGCAACGGUACUUGGCGCACAAUCAACUGGCGCAUGGUCGCCUGGAUAUACAUGGGCUGGAUCAUCACACUUCCCUGCGCCGGUAUCAUCUCCGGUUGUCUGACCGGAAUCAUCGUGAACGCUCCUCGUUGGGGUAUGCCCAACUAA